CCGCCAUGGAGAUGCUGCUGCCGCCCGUAUGCACCAAACUUUGCCAUCAGAAGCCAUUGGAUCUGAAAGAUGAUAACACUGAAAAGCACUGUCCUGUUACAGUGAAUCCAUGGCACAUGAAGAAAGCUUUCAAAGUGAUGAAUGAACUAAGAAGUCAGAACUUGCUGUGUGAUGUGACGAUAGUAGCAGAAGACAUGGAAAUUGCAGCGCACAGAGUUGUGCUAGCCGCCUGCAGCCCCUACUUCCAUGCCAUGUUUACAGGUGAGAUGAGUGAAAGCCGAGCGAAGAGAGUUCGAAUAAAGGAAGUUGAUGGCUGGACACUGAGGAUGCUUAUUGAUUAUAUUUACACUGCUGAAAUUCAAGUUACAGAAGAAAAUGUACAGGUGCUGCUCCCCGCGGCCGGCCUCUUGCAGCUGCAGGACGUGAAGAGGACUUGCUGUGAGUUCUUGGAAUCUCAGCUGCACCCUGUCAAUUGCCUGGGCAUUCGAGCUUUUGCUGACAUGCACGCGUGCUCCGACCUCCUCAGCAAGGCCAACACGUACGCAGAACAGCACUUUUCUGAUGUGGUACUUAGUGAAGAAUACCUCAAUCUCGGUGUCGAGCAGGUGUGCAGUCUGAUAUCCAGUGACAAACUUACCAUUGUCUCAGAAGAGAAGGUAUUUGAAGCAGUGAUAGCGUGGGUAAACCAUGACAAAGAUGUAAGGCAGGAGCUAAUGGCACGCCUGAUGGAGCAUGUUCGGCUGCCUUUGCUUUCCCGGGAGUAUUUAGUUCAGAGAGUUGAGGAAGAAAUACUGGUUAAGAACAGCAGUGCUUGUAAAGAUUACCUCAUUGAAGCUAUGAAGUAUCACUUGCUGCCAACUGAGCAACGGGCAUUGAUGAAAAGCACUCGAACAAAACUGAGAACACCCGCCAGUCUUCCCAAGCUGAUGAUGGUCGUUGGAGGACAGGCACCAAAAGCUAUUCGCAGCGUAGAGUGCUAUGACUUUAAAGAAGAGCGCUGGCAUCAGGUGGCUGAAUUGCCUUCCAGAAGAUGUCGAGCAGGCAUGGUGUACAUGGGAGGCAUGGUUUACGCCGUGGGCGGCUUCAACGGCUCCCUGCGGGUUCGCACCGUGGAUUCCUACGAUCCCGUGAAGGACCAGUGGACGAGCGUUGCUAACAUGCAAGACAGGAGAAGCACCUUGGGAGCUGCUGUGCUGAACGGCCUUCUUUAUGCUGUGGGAGGAUUCGAUGGAAGUACAGGUUUAUCAUCUGUUGAAGUUUACAACUUAAAGACUAAUGAGUGGUUUCAUGUAGCUCCAAUGAACACAAGAAGAAGUAGCGUGGGCGUAGGUGUUGUUGGAGGUAAGCUGUACGCCGUGGGCGGCUACGACGGCGCCUCGCGCCAGUGCCUUAGCUCCGUGGAGUGCUAUGAUGCUAAUACCAAUGAGUGGAGCUACGUGGCAGAAAUGAGCACGAGGCGCAGUGGAGCAGGUGUUGGUGUGUUAAACAACUUAUUGUAUGCAGUAGGUGGUCAUGAUGGGCCUUUGGUAAGAAAAAGUGUUGAAGUAUAUGACCCUGCUGCCAGUACGUGGAAGCAAGUUGCAGAUAUGAACAUGUGCCGAAGGAAYGCAGGUGUUUGUGCUGUAAAUGGUCUCUUGUAUGUGGUCGGAGGAGAUGAUGGUUCCUGUAAUUUAUCAACAGUGGAAUAUUAUAAUCCAACAACUGAUAAAUGGACAGUUGUGUCAUCUUGUAUGAGUACAGGAAGAAGUUAUGCAGGUGUAACAGUUAUUGACAAACCAUUAUGAUCUGUGAAGGGAUUUUCAACUUGAUUAUGCACUAGAAGCAGUCUUCAAGUAUAUUUGAAGUGACUGAGUAUCUAAGCACUUCUCUACUUGUAGCUGCACCUUGAGUCACAGUGGAAGAUGUGGCUGUCUACAAUUACAGAUGACAGAUGAUGAAGAUUACUCUAGGCAGAAGCAAUGUGUAGGAUUAUUCUGCAGUCGAGCAGGAGGUGAUUGAUUUUUUAAAGGCUAGUGGACCGUUUUUCUUUGGACUUUUUUUAUUAUUAUUUUCAAUUGCAAGGUCUUCAAACAAAAAAAAAAAAGCCACUUUCAUAAGGACCAACUCAUGUCAGUCAUGACUGAGAAAUGGAUUGUCAGUGAAGAAUGGUGUGUAUUCUGGUGAAAGUAAAUUUUUGUCUUAUUUUUUCCAGAGACUAAUAGAUAUAUUUAAAGAAAUGAGCUGUCAGUCUUCAUAAUAGAUAUUUAAUCCCACCUCAGUAAUUCAAGCUGGCAUGGGGUAUAUUUGUUUGCUUUUAUAAAACUUUUGUUACAUAAUAUGUGCAUAUGUGUGUUGCUUUUCAUUAAAGAUCUUCAAAAUCUGAUUUUACUAUUUAUAAUUUGGCACAGUACUUUGAAUAUGCCAGUACUAUGUUGUAAAACAGAGUUGUAUUUUUUGAUAUUUAACAAUGUUUAACACUACUAAUUUUCACUGAAAGAGCCUGGAGAUGGUAUAAUAUUCCUUGAACAGGUGUAAUUUCAAGCUUUUCUUUUAAUAAA